CUCCUCCUCCCACCAGCAUCACUACACCACCACCACCAGCAGGAGGCAGAGGCCAAGGCGGUUUGUUGGGAUGGCGAGGAACGAGUGGAUAAAUGGGUACUUGGAGGCGAUACUGGAUGUAGGAGCAAAUCUCAAGACCCAAAAAGGGGUUGAUACAAAGAUGAAGCUAGAAAAGCUUCAAGAUAACGUUAAGCGUGAUAAGCACUUCAGUCCUACCAAUUACUUUGUCGAAGAAGUUGUUAAUAGCGUCGAUGAAUCUGACCUCCACCGAACCUGGAUCAAGGUGAUUGCAACAAGGAACACUCUUGAAAGAAGCAAUAGGCUUGAGAAUAUGUGCUGGCGAAUUUGGCAUCUUACCCGUAAAAAGAAGCAGAUAGCAUUAGAUGAUGCACAAAGACUAGCAAACCAUCGUCUCGAACGGGAGAAAGGUCGCCAUGAUGCCGCAGAAGAUCUUUCAGAGCUCUCAGAAGGCGAAAAAGAAAAGGGCGAAACCCAGCCAGUUAACAAGAUUUCAAGAAUAAACUCCGAGAUGCAAAUAUGGUCAGACGAGAAUAAAUCUAGGCAACUUUACAUCGUCCUCAUCAGCAUCCAUGGGUUGGUGCGAGGCGAAAACAUGGAACUCGGGCGAGAUUCUGACACUGGUGGACAGGUGAAAUAUGUGGUGGAACUUGCAAAAGCAUUGGCUGACAUGGAAGGAGUCAUACGGGUUGAUCUACUAACUCGACAAAUAGCAUGCAUAGACAUUGACUAUGGUUAUGGUGAGCCCAUUGAGAUGCUUUCGUGUCCACCUGAAGGUUCGGGUAAUUGUGGGGCCUACAUCGUUCGUAUCCCAUGCGGACCCCGCGACAAGUACAUAUUCAAAGAGUCACUAUGGCCUUACAUCCCAGAAUUUGUCGAUGGCGCUCUAAGCCACGUUGUAAACAUGGCCAGAGCUUUAGGAGAGCAGUUUGAUGGUGGGAAGCCAAUAUGGCCGUAUGUGAUUCAUGGCCACUAUGCAGACGCGGGUGAAGUUGCAGCACGUUUGUCUAGCUCYCUGAAUGUGCCUAUGGUUCUUACUGGGCAUUCACUCGGAAGGAACAAAUUUGAACAGUUAUUGAAACAAGGAAGACUUUCUAAAGAGGACAUUAAUUCGACCUACAAGAUAAUGAGGAGGAUUGAAGGUGAAGAGUUGGCACUGGAUGCUGCUGAAAUGGUGGUGACUAGCACAAAGCAAGAGAUUGAAGAGCAAUGGGGUUUGUAUGACGGUUUUGAUGUUAAGUUGGAGAGGAAGCUCAGGGUUAGGAGGCGGAGAGGAGUCAGCUGUCUUGGACGAUACAUGCCUAGGAUGGUGGUAAUACCACCAGGUAUGGACUUCAGCUAUGUCAAGACCGAAGAUUCAACAGAAGGGGAUCUUGCAUCGAUAAUUGGCGACAGAGCUCAAAACAAAAGGGCGGUACCUCCCAUAUGGUCUGAGAUCAUGAGGUUUUUCACAAAUCCACACAAACCCAUGAUUUUAGCAUUGUCUCGACCGGAUCCUAAGAAAAAUGUCACCACCUUGCUCAAAGCUUUUGGAGAAUGUCAACCCCUUCGAAGAUUAGCCAACUUGACGCUUAUACUUGGGAACAGGGAUGACAUAGAAGAUAUGCCAAGCAGCAGCUCAGCUGUUCUUACCACAGUCCUAAAGCUCAUUGACAUGUAUGAUUUAUAUGGUCAGGUAGCAUAUCCAAAGCAUCAUAAGCAAGUCGAAGUACCUGAGAUAUAUCGCCUAGCUACAAAAACUAAGGGUGUUUUUAUCAACCCAGCUCUGGUGGAACCAUUCGGCCUGACUAUCAUAGAGGCAUCAGCAUAUGGUUUGCCAGUUGUUGCUACGAAGAAUGGUGGGCCUGUAGAUAUACUUAAGGCACUAAAUAAUGGCCUUCUAGUGGAUCCACAUGACCAAAAAGCCAUCGAAGAGGCUCUCUUGAAGCUUGUUUCCGACAAAAACYUAUGGGCUGAGUGCCGUAAGCAUGGUCUAAAGAAUAUCCACCGUUUCUCUUGGCCAGAACACUGCCGCAAUUACCUCUCUCAUCUUGAGCAUUGUAGAAAUCGGCAUCCUAUUACCCGUCAGAAGAUCAUACCUACUUAUGAAGAACCAAUGAGUGAGUCAUUACGGGGUGUUGAAGACCUUUCUUUGAGAUUCUCUGUCGAUGGUGACUUUAAGUCUAAUGGAGACAUAGAUCCAACCACCAGGCAGAAAGAACUUGUAGAGACCUUCACCAAAAUGUCUGCCUCUAAUAAGAAAUCAAACACUAACUACAGUCCAGGAAGAAGGCAGUCACUAUACAUAAUAGCCACCGACUCUUAUGAUACCAACGGAGAUUCCACAGAGACAUUGUCAAUAAUAAUCAAGAACGUGAUGGAAAGUGUGAUUGCAAAGCCCGGGCAGAUAGGCUUUAUAUUGCUGACAGGCUUAAGUUUCCAGGAGACGAGGGAAGCAUUGAAACGAUGCCAAGUCGAUGUASACAAUUUUGAUGCACUGAUUUGUAGUAGUGGAAGUGAACUGUACUACCCAUGGAGGGAUCUAUUGGCUGAUGAAGACUACGACAACCACACUGAGUACAGGUGGCCACAAGAAAAUGUGAGAUCAACAAUAAUGAGGAUUGCUAGGUUAGAACAUGAGGAUGAUGACAACAUGGCGGAACAAAUGAAGACAUCGAGCUCCCGCUGUUACACAUACAUAAUCAAACCAGGAGCCAAGACACGCAGGGUGGAUGAUCUGCGCCAGAGGCUGCGGAUGAGAGGUUUCCGUUGCAACACUGUCUUCACACACGCUGCAAAAAGGUUAAAUGUGAUACCAUUAUUCGCAUCAAGAGCCCAAGCAUUAAGGUAUCUAUCAAUUAUGUGGGGCAUGGAUCUGGCCAAAAUGUUUGUGUUUGUGGGAGAAAGAGGGGAUACGGACUACGAAGACCUCCUUGUUGGCCUCCACAAGACUGUUAUUCUGAAAGGCGCGGUGGAACAUGGAAGUGAGAAGCUUCUUCGUAGCGAAGAAAGCUUUAAGAAGGAAGACAUGGUCCCUCCAGAAAACUCUAACAUAGUCAUUUCAACAGGAUUUGAAGUCCAUGAUAUCACUGCAGCUUUGGAGACUCUUGGGAGCAAUUGACUUCUUUAUAACUAUAUUUUUCUACAUUAUGUCCAAUUCCUGUAUAGGAAGGACAUGUGCAUACCUCAUAGGUAAAGAUAUGUAGCAUUUGAAAAUAUAAAUUUGCAAAUAAAUAAAUAAAAAUAAUAUACAUAAUUAUACCAUGUUGAUAAAAUCACUAACCAAAGGAAAGGUAAUUYCAUGUUCCAUUU